AUGGUUUUGGGUACAUCAACUCAGUCGAGGGUUACACCAUACCUAAUAUAUCUCGUGUUUGUUGUCACGCUUGGCCCCCUUCAAUUUGGUUUCCAUCUGGCAGAGCUCAAUGCCCCCAAAGCCGUGAUAACAUGUGAACGUCAAGGGAUUCAUUCUUCGGGCAUCCCUUUUCAUGGUCUACCGCAAUGCUUCCCUAUGACCCCAUCGCAAUUCGGCCUCGUCUCCUCGAUCUACACGCUCGGUGGUUUACUCGGAGCCCUGCUGGCGGGACCUAUCGCGACCAAAUACGGACGUCUGCUCGCAUUACGAGCGACCACAGUGUUCUUUGUUCUGGGGCCUGUGGCAGAGACACUUGCACCGGCGAUUCCUAUCUUGAGUCUUGGUAGAUUCCUCUCUGGAAUUGGGUCUGGUGCUGCAAUUGUGGUUGGUCCUAUCUACAUUUCGGAAAUCGCUCCUCCCAGUGCUCGAGGCCUCUUUGGUGCUUUCACCCAGAUUAUGACCAAUGUUGGUAUCCUGUUGACCCAAUCUCUGGGAUACUUCUGGAGCGAAGCAAGCCUCUGGAGACUCAUACUGGCUGUGGCUGGUAUCGUUGGUGCUCUGGAACUUUUGGGGCUUUUCUUGGUACCAGAAAGUCCUUCAUGGCUCGCGGAACACGAAAAGACCAGUCAGGCACGCCGGGUCCUGCAGCGGAUCCGUGGUCGGGAUGCCGAUAUUGAAGCGGAGAUUGCGAGCUGGAGGACCACAGAUGCCCCUGUAUCUGGCGAGGAAGAAUCCUUGCUCUCUCCAUCUGGUGACAGGCCGCCUCAGAAGCCUGCAGUCACGUUUAUGCAGGUUGUCAAAGACCCCUACUACCGCCCAGCUAUUAUUGCCGUGGUUGGCGUGAUGGUCGCCCAACAACUCACCGGAAUGAACAGUAUUGUUAUGUACAGCGUGUCCUUACUACAAAGCAUCUUACCCACGACUGCUGCGCUACUCACGGUAAUGAUAUCUGCGGUUAAUCUUGUGAUCACUCUCGCGUGCUCUCCACUACCCGAUCGCAUUGGUCGAAAAUUGUGCCUAAUGCUGAGCAUCUGCGGUAUGGGGUGCAGUUCUAUACUUCUCGCGAUAAGUAUCUACAUCAGUGCUAAGAUCUUGACGGCGAUUGCUGCCUUACUUUUUGUGGCAAGUUUUGCGGUCGGACUGGGCCCGGUCCCCUUCAUCCUGGCCUCCGAGCUUGUGGGGCCCGAGGCUGUCGGCGCGGCACAAAGCUGGGCGCUGGGUGCCAACUGGAUCGCAACUUUUGUGGUGGCACAAUUCUUCCCAGUGCUUGAUGAUGCUCUUGGUGGUCGUGGGCAGGUGUACUGGGUGUUUGCGGCUAUGGCCGGGUUGCUCGGGAUCUUCAUCUAUCAAUUUGUGCCGGAAACCAAGGGCAAAGCUAAUGCUGACGAGGUUUGGGGACGAACAGACCGACGACAAGACUGA